AGUUAACCCCGUUCAGUGCUCUGUUGUCAUGUGCUAAAGAAACAUUUGGCCAGCUCGCUAUCUUACGAUUUCAACAAGCAUUUCGACACUCGUCUUGAAUGUUUAUCAACGAUCCAUGGCGAGAGAGGAAGAGAACAUUCCAACCAAAUGAUCUGUUUGAACUAAGUUACAUCCCGCUGUCGGAAAGAUAUGGCAGAUAUAGAAGAGAAAACAUUUAGGAUUGUGAUCGUGGGAGGUGGCAUCGCGGGUGUGACAUGUGUUGAGCAGCUGUUAUCCCAGAUUCCAUCAGCUGAUGUGGCUCUGAUCACAGCAGGACCCCAUAUCAAGGCAGUGACCAACUAUAAACAGGUGUCCAAGACACUGGAAGAGUUUGAUGUUGAGGAACAACCAUCCAGUGUUCUGGAGGAGAAAUUUCCCAACCUGACUGUCAUCCACUCUGCUGUCAAAUCACUUCACACACAAUCACAUACUUUGGAAACUGUAGAUGGUCGUAUUUUUGGUUAUGAGAAGCUGUGUAUCUGCAGUGGGGGCAGACCCAAGCUCCUAACCCUGGACAAUCCUUAUGUGCUGGGGAUACGGGACACAGACAGCGCACAGGAGUUUCAGAAACGGUUAUCCAAAGCAAAGAGAAUCGUUGUUGUUGGCAAUGGAGGGAUUGCCCUGGAAUUAGUGUUUGAGGUGGAGGGCUGUGAGGUGAUCUGGGCUGUGAAGGACAAGGCCAUAGGUAACACCUUCUUUGACCCCGGGGCGGCACAGUUUCUCAUCCCGUCACUGGAGGCCGACAAACCAGAAAGAGCUGCUCCCUGCAAGAGAACUCGCUACACCACCGAGGAACCAGCACCUGGAGGGUCCCAGACCUUCACAGCAGAUAAGAACGCACGGGGGCAUGGUUCUGGUCACACAGAGGCGGGCAGUGCCCUCGGUCCAGACUGGCACGAAGGAAUAGUUCUACGAGGAGCAGAGCAGGUGUCCCGCAGAGUUUCAUUGGAAUACCAGUGUGAGGUGGAAAAGAUCUUCACCUCAGAGGAGCUGCUCAAAUCCCCACAGCAAACACUUAGACCGGAGAACGGAGGAUCCUGGCCAGUUCACAUCCAGCUGACCAAUGGCAAGACAUUUGGCUGUGAUUUUGUUGUCAGUGCCACCGGUGUCGUGCCAAACACUGAACCAUUUCUCCAUGGCAACAAGUUUGCACUGGCAGAUGAUGAUGGCCUGCAGGUAGAUGACCACAUGAUGACGUCAGAGCCUGAUGUGUAUGCUGCAGGAGACGUGUGCACUGCAUGCUGGGAACACAGCCCACUGUGGCAGCAGAUGCGUUUGUGGACGCAGGCCCGUCAGAUGGGUUGGUACGCCGGCCGCUGCAUGGCGGCACACGUCCUAUCAGAACCAAUAGAGCUGGACUUCUGCUUCGAACUCUUCUCACACAUUACCAAAUUCUUCAACUACAAGGUGGUCCUGCUGGGAAAGUUUAAUGGGCAAGGGCUGGGGCCCGACCAUGAACUGCUGGUACGCUGUACCAAAGGCCAGGAGUAUGUCAAGGUCGUUCUCAGUGGAGGUAGGAUGGUGGGAGCGGUGCUGAUUGGGGAAACAGACCUGGAGGAGACCUUCGAGAACCUGAUCCUCAACCAGAUGGAUUUGACCCCGUACAAAGAGGAGCUGCUCAACCCCAACAUUGAUAUAGAGGACUACUUUGAUUGAGCAUGAGGGUGGUGAUUUAGGAGCAUGUUGAGCAACACAAACUCACGAAUGAUGCAAGGUAGAUGACAUAAAUGAAGAAAUAAGAAAUUAAGGAAUUGUACAUUCUAUCGUAUCCAAGCUAAUGGAUAUGUCAGAUUUUUUUGGCAAUGAGAAUCAAGAGUGAUUAUCUUGGUUCUUAUUAAUGCACUUGUAUAUUUAAGAAUAUAUUUUUGCUUUGAAAUAAAUUAUUUUCAAAACCGA